GGAAAAGCCAGCGCCACCUGCAGUUCGGCCACGGCAGCGGCGACCAGCGGGCUGGAGGACUGGAGCAGCCGCUCCCCGCGCCAGCGCAGCUCGGCCCCGUCCCCCGAGCACCCCGACCUGCACGGCGAGAUCACCGCCCUGAAACCGCCCUCCCCGGGCGCCGCCGCCGCCCUGGCGCUGCCCAAGCCGCCCUCGCCCUGCGCGCCAGGCACAAGCAGUCAGUUAUCGGCAGGAGGCGGCCGAGCGACCCCACCCUUAGUGUCCUUGUACCCGGCCCUGGAGUGCCGGGCCAUCAUGCAGCAGAUGUCCCCUACUGCGUUCGGUGAGU